CGCCAAGAUCGCGUUGAAGCGUCGCGGAUGUCGGAGCUGCUCGUGCGCUGGCUCAACGACGAGGUCCAGCUCUCGGUGGUCGUGACCGAGUUCGAGGCGACGUUUGCGAGCGGGUAUCUCUUGGGCGAAGUGCUCUUCAAGGCCAACCAGCAGCACAACUUUGGCGACUUUGUACCGAGCGACUCGGCCGAUGCAAAGAUAGUCAACUUUUGCCUCCUCGAGCCUUCGAUGCGCGCGCUGGGCAUCCGCUUGGACCCGAUCUUGGCAUCGAGCGUCAUGAACGAAGCGAGCGGCGCAGCCACCAAGCUGCUCUACCAACUCAAGACAGCGAUCGCACGCGCGCAUCGGUCCGGCACCGUGUCGUGUCGGCCCUAUGCACCUGGCGGCGUUGUGCCCAUCCACAACGUACCCGGCCGACUGCCCAAGACGGUCUUCGACCCGAUCAAGCACGCGUCGUUCGAGCACGCGAUCCGACUCCACGUCAAGGCCCAAGACGAGCUCAAGCGUGAAAAACGCAAGAAGGCGGCGGCUGCGCAGCUGGCCCUCGACAGGGUGGCGCAAAAGGCCGCGUACCACGAACACCUCGAGGCGACGCGGCAGCAGCGCCUCCACUUGACCCAAAUCCAGCGCGAGUUCACCCAAGUCACGACCGAGGGCGAAACCGAGGCCUGGGUGGCCGCGACAACCAAGAAGCGGGAGCGGGAGCGCCGAAAAGCCCGCUAUGAAAAGCUGGUGGCGACGCGCGCGGCGGAGCGACAGGCCACGGCGCUGGCGACGGCAAAGGACCAAGUGACCACCGGCAUCGCUAUGUUCGAAUCCACGCUCGCCGAGACAACAAAGAAGAGCAAGCCGUCCAAAGGUCUCCAGCUCCCGACGCAGCUCUCGAUCGGGUACGGUGUGCGAUCGCUGCGCACGACCUUGAAGAGCAUGGACGUGACGGUGCCAUCGUCACCGACAUCAAUGCCCAGCGUCGGUGAGAAACGCCGGCAGCGCGAACUCCGCGGCGACAUCCAGCGGAAGCGCCGCGCACGCUUUCUCAAAGCGUGCGACAACCACCAGCGCGCGCGCAACGACGACGUCGUGCAGGCGGCGCUCGAAGCCACUCUGCUCCGCGCGACGACGACCGAAGCCGAGCUCGAUACGAAAGAAGCCAACGUCGUCGCGUACAUGGACGUCGUCGCAGAGAACCGGGCGCGUCGGAACGAAGAGUACGCCCAGCGCGCGAAGACUGACCUCGUCGAAGCGACCCGGCGCGAUGCCACGGCGUACGGCAUGCUGCACCACCGGUUCACGGACGCUGUGCAAGCCCAGUGCGAGCGCGCCGAGCGCUUGACGGUCGCGAUGGCGGCGGCGGCGGCCGAGACUAACGUCGCGAUCGCCCACGACGCGUUGAACCGCGUCAUCGACUUGGCGCUGGCUACAGUGACGUACCGAGAGACGGCGACGUGGAUCUUGCCAUCCGAGGUGUUUGUACCGCCGUCCACGUGGCGGGAGAUCAUGGCCUUUGGCGCUAACGCAACAGACGACGUCUUUGCAUCCGGCUUCGCAUCGCGCGAUUCGGAGAGCGUUUUGAACGCGUUUGAAAUCGAGGGCCAUAUCAGUACUGCGCGCCACGCGGUGAUGAGCGAGUCGAGUCUGGAGAGUGUCGACGCGGUGACGACGGUGCCGUCGUUUGUCUCGGGCAAGCUGCCCCGCGAGCGCGUCCUCGGCGAGAUUGUGGCCUACUGCCGCGCCUGCACCGCACCGCCGACGACGGCACCGACACGCGAACCGUUUCCGGCGUUCGAACUCAAGCUCGCACUCCUCGGCAAGCCUUUUGCAGGGCGCAAGACAUGUGCGUCGAAGCUAGCGACGCAGUACAACCUCGAGCCGCUCUCGGUACACGCCCUUUUGGAAACCGCCAUGGCCAAUCGCUCGGACGUCGGUGUCGCCGCGACCAAGCUCCUCGCCGCCGGCAAGUCGAUUCCCAAUGCUCUGUAUCUGACGCUCUUGGAGCGAGCGAUCCGAAGCAUCGACCCACGUGUUAAGCGCGGCUGGGUCCUCACCGACUUUGUCGCGACCCUCGAAGAAGCCAUCGACGUCGAGCGGUUGCUCAGCGGGAAUGUGCCCGAGCCGACGCCGUUGUUAUCCCGUAGCGAUCUCGCACUGGCGCUGCCGCCGCCCGCGCUACCUGCGAACCACUUCCUCGGCAAGUCGGGCUUGGACUUGGUGUUUCGGCUUGAAGUCGACCGCACCAAAGUAUUCCGACAUUGCCUCGGCAAGCUCGAAGACCCCGUCACGGGCGGUCGCUUUCACAUGCAAGACGCGCCGCCGACGGAGGCCGAUGCCCGAAGCCGCCUGCGUCCGUGGCGGGACCCAACCAUCGCCGCCGAAGCACUCUCCCUCUUCUCGCACGCGUACGAUGUCGCGAUCCCGUCGCUCGUCGGCUGGUUUGCGCCGUACGGGACUCUGCGCACGGUGAUGGGCGACGACCUUGUCGGCGCGAUGUGCGACUACAUUGACGCGUUCUUACAUGCGGUCGCUGCCGCCGAGACCGCCGCCUGUCGCGAGAAGGAAGCUGUCGCGAAUGCAGCCAUGGGCGUGGAAGAGGAGCGCCAGGGUGCUAUCGCGCUGCACGACGAGACGUUGCGUCUGGCUCUGGAAAACGAAGCGGUCGCAGCGCAGACGCUUCGGGCCGGCGAAGAUGCCAAGCUCAAGAAGGACGAACUGGUGGCGCUUCGAGGUAGCGUCGAGGCCGCGCACCAGAGCGUGCUUGAUGCGACGCAGGCGGCCAGUGCCUUUCUUCUCGCGGACCGCGACGGCCACGCGGCCACCCUCCCGCUGCGCGUCGUCAGCGUGGUGCCCGAGAUCGACGUCGCGGCGUUGACCUGCGGCGUCUGGGAGGCCUCGGACAGCCAGUACAAGCGAACGCUGGAGCAUGGCUUUUCGAUGCUCCGUGCGUACCGCAGCCGCGUCGAGGCGCACGCCGUCAACGUCCUCUCCGAGAUGGCAGCGUUUGCGCGCCGGCCCGAUGCCAAGCAGGGCAUCUUGGAUGCGUUCCAGUGGGAUUUCAACACGAGUGUGCUGCAUGACAUGCGCUUCGACGCGAGCACGAAGGCCGAGCUGCACCUGCGGGUCGACAGUCUCUUGGACCAGCUCGUCGCGGUCCUCGACUCCAAGGGCGCCGAAGCAUUUGCGCUGCUCGAGACGCUCCUUCGCGACCAAUGGAAGGAAGAUGCAUUAAUGUCGAUCCAGCUCCUCGGCACGAUGCUCUUCCAGGCCGAAGUCGACGUCUUCCACGCCAGCGUCACCGUCAUCACCGAUGCGAUCGCCGGGUUCGAAGUCGGCUUUGUCAAGUCGACGGACGACGGCAAGAUCCCGCUUCUCCCACUCGGCAAAGACCCGGUCGAGGACGAGAAGGAAGCCGUCGUCGCCCCCACCAAGGCGUCGGCCAAGAAGAAGGUGGUCGUCGUGGAAGUGGAAGUCGUGCCGCUCACGCCGGCGCAAGAGGUCGCCGCUGCGUAUCAAAAGGCUCGGGAUGCGCUCGCCACCGUUGCGUCCAAAGCGCUCAAGCUGCCAAACGUACCAGGCUCCGCGACGCCAAGUGGCUCUUCCGGGCCGCCGAUUUCAACAGCCAGCAAGAAAGAGAAGGAUGCCGGCAGCGCGACACCGGUGGCCAAGAAGGACACGAUAGCGUCGUUGAAUGCGGUCGCUGGCGUCGGCUUCGAGUACGACUACGUACUGAGUCGGCUCGCUGCGCUGCAAGACCGGGUGCUCGACACCAUGAGCUACGUCGAUCUCGUGCUGACGUCGCUCGAGGCCGACCUUCGGAGCUUUGUCUCGGCCCGCCUCGCGUACGAGAAGGAUGCGAUUCUGUCGCUCGUCAAGUGCAUCCGCGACGCGAUCGAGCACGACGAGAGCUUGCCGUUCCGGCUCCUCCUCGAGCCGCCGUCGAUGGCGCACAUGCCACCGCUGCGCCAAGAUGGACUGGACGUCCAAGCACGCAUUGACAGCAGUGUCCGCGUGAUUGCGACGCCGAGCGUGCCUCUGUACCCGUCCAUCGAGCACUGGGACGACAUGUACUUGAACACACGCCAGCUCAAUGGCGUCAUGGCCAUGCUGCGCGAGCUCGCAACGUCGACGCUCGGCCACACGAUCGACGUGGUCCCGCGGGUGACAUUCGAUGACGGGCUCGCGCGUCUCGCGGGCCGCCCGACGACGAUGCUGCCACCGGCGUGGCGCAGCGGUCUCAGCAAGCUCGGCGCGUACUUUGAUACAAAGCAUAGCGGUGUCGUCAAGGCGUUCCCGGACGUCGCCCGAGUGCUGCAGGCCAAGCACCGCGUCGACGAGAUGGUGCUUCAUUUGUAAAAAGCAACAUAAAUGCAAUCCAUUGUA